AUCUGAUAACGAUAUAUAUAAAUUCUGCAACACAUGCCACAAAAUAAUCAAUGCGGGGAAGGUUCCUUCUAUGUGUCUCUCAGAAGGUCUACAUUUUCCAGCUAUUCCGAGUGAACUUCAGGGCUUGACGUCGCUGGAAGAAAGUGUGCUGUAAGGGGUGCAGUAGUAAAUGUCCCCAUUUCACUCGAUUCCACCGUCAACGUCCUUCCAAGAACGUCCGAUCAAACUGAAGUUAUCCAGGUUCAUUUGAAGCGAAGAAUAUCUUACACACACUAUUUUAUGUCUGAAACGAUUCGGCCCGGCAAAAUUUUCGAAGCAGCAAGAUACCUUAUUGAAACCGAAUUGUACAGGAAACAUGAAAUUUGUAUUUCAUCUGAAUGGUUGGCCAAUAUGGGUCCUGCUGAUCAAGUGCCGUUUAUAGCAAAUUCCGAAGAUCGAAGUCUAUUAUCGAGCGUCAUUGAUUUUAACUUAGAUGAAGAUCACAUUGAAGAACAUAACCCCCAAGAAACCCUCUUAGAUUAUAUUCCAGUCGAAAAUGUUCAAAUUCAAAAUAUUGAAAUAGCUCCUGGUGAAGGCCAUAGACCCAUGGAUUUGCUAUUAGAUGAGGACUCUGAAGAGCUAUCAUUUCCCACUAUAUACUGUGGUAUUAAAAGAAAAUCUACAGCGACAAUAGCAAAAUUGAUAAAAUCUGAAGCCCGGCGUUAUGAUAGAAGAUGUGCGCGGGUAGACAAAGUCUUAUACUCGUAUAAAAAAUUAGAGUUUUCUAAAAUCAAGAACAGUAUUUCUACUUGUUUGAGGAAGAAAUUUGGUACUCGCAAUUAUACUGCAACGGAUGCUCUUAAUGACCGGUUCAUACAAAAUAUAGUGCAGCACGACGAAGGGUAUCACAUUUUGAAAGGCGUGCGGUCUUCUCCAGCACAUUGGGAGGCAGAGAAAAAGAAGGUCUUGGCUAUGAUCAGGCAAUUUGGCAUUCCAACGUUCUUUAUAACUCUUUCUGCUGCUGAAUCACAAUGGCCAGAAUUGAUCGUUAUAUUGGUAAAAAUUGCAGAAGGAAGGAAUAUUACCGAAGAAGAGGCAAUGUCAUUUAGCACCCAAAAACGGUACGAACUAAUUAGGUCAGAUCCAAUUACAUGUUCCAGGUAUUUUGACCACAGAAUAAGACACCUCUUCAAAAGUUUCACGGUUAAUGGUGGAAUAUUCGACGAGUUUAAUGUAAUCAAAUUCUACUGGAGAAUAGAAUUUCAACAGCGAGGGUCUCCUCAUGUCCACGGCAUAUAUUGGCUAAACAAUGCCCCUUUGUUUGAUAUAUCAGAUCGAAAUAGCUUCCAACGUGUUACGGAUUUUAUAGAUAAAUUUGUUUCUACAGAUUCGUCUAAUAGCGAAAUCCAAGACAUAGUCCACUACCAGCAACACAACCACGGAAGAGCAUGCCAACGUGAAAUAAGAGGUCAAAAAUUCUGUAGAUUUCAUAUACCAUAUCCGCCAAUGUCUAAUACGGAACUUCUUUUGCCGUUUUCGGAUGAUGUAGAUGAGCAACAAUUAUCAGCUCAUAAGUGCAACUAUGACAAAAUUUAUAAUUUGCUUAACGCAAAGUUAACAGAUAUAGAAUGUGAACGAUUAAAUAAUUUUGAUCAGUUUUUGGCAGACCCACGGAUUAAUAUGGACAAAGAUGAAUAUCUUGCGGCGAUCAGGUCUUCUAUAAGAAAACCUAAAAUUUUUCUUAAAAGAUCCUUCAAAGACAGAUCAAUAAAUGCUUUUAAUUCGCGGAUUUUAAAAAUGCACAAAGCAAACAUGGAUAUUCAAUUUGUUCUGGAUGCUUAUGCAUGCGUGUCAUAUAUAGUUAACUAUAUAAACAAGUCGAAUCGGGGUGUUUCACGUUUGUUGCAAGAAACAAUGAACGAGAUACGUGAAGGAAAUUAUUCUGUAAAACAAAAGUUGCAGCAUAUAGGUAAUAAAUUCAUAUCAGCAUCCGAAGUCUCAGCCCAAGAAGCAGCUUACAAUAUCUUGGGAAUGCAUUUGUCUCAGUGUAGCAACAGUGAUGUUUAUGUCAAUACUCUCUUGCCAGAAAAACGUGUUCGCAUACUAAAACCGAGGCAAGAGCUUCAAAAUCUUUCUCCUGAUUCAACCGAUAUUUAUGUAUCGAAUUUACUUGAGCAUUAUAUUCAAAGACCGGAUAAUCUAGGCGAUGUAUGUUUGGCUUAUUUCGCUGCACAUUAUACAUACUCUAAGACAUUGCGCAAAAGGAAUCGUCAACAUGAUGAGGAGGAUGAAGAUAUUCUUGAAGAUGACGAGGAACAUCCUGAUGAUGUCGGGGCUUUGUUUCGCUUAAAAAAUAAUUCGGGUUACGUAUAUAAAAGAAGAAGUCCGGCUAUAAUUCGUUUUCCCUCAUUUAGGGCCGACUUAAACAGGGACGACUAUUUUCGAACAUUGGUUAUGUUAUACUUUCCAUGGCGUAACGAAGACGAAGACAUUAUAGGAAGAAACAACGAAGAUACCUGCUCUAUCUACAUGGAUGUAAUUGAAAGGAACCGACAGCAGUUUGAAAUGUUCAAGGAUGGUGAAUUACAUGAUAUAUUGCAAAGUAUUCGUGAAGACAGUGAUGGUGGUGAAGACCAUGCGAGUAACGAUAACAUUACAAGUGACCAACUUUUAGACGAGGAGUUUAGAGCCUUGGUUGUUCCAGAAUUAGAGGAAAAUAUAAAUGUCUUCGACAUUGACAACCACCAUGAAGAUGACCUGGAAUCAGAAGCCAAUGUACACUUAGUAAGACUCCCACCAUUAGUAAAUUUCGAAGAACUUCAGCAUUUAAUCAGAACGCUGAACAAUAAACAGCGGUCUUAUUUUCAACAUCUUUUACAAAAUAUAGUUCAGAAAGUUCGAUUUUAUGAGUAUGUUGCGGGAGGAGCUGGCGUAGGAAAAAGUCGCCUUAUAAAAACCAUUUAUCAGGCAGUUACUUUUAGAUAUAAUUCUAUACCUGGCGCUAAUCCGGAUUUGCCAAAAGUAUUAUUAAGUGCUCCUACCGGAAAAGCUGCUUUUGGAAUUGGAGGUGCGACAUUACAUUCACUUUUUUCCCUUCCAGUAAACCAGUUCCGAGGAGAGCUACGUCCACUAAGCAGUGAUCUUGUUAAUAAGCUCUUGGUUAAAUUUACAGAUCUGAAAUUGAUCAUAAUAGACGAGGUCUCCAUGGUUGGAUGUAGAAUGUUAGGUUUCCUUGACGCACGCCUGAGGCAGAUUUUUAAAACCACUGAAGCCUUUGGAGGAAUCUCUAUAGUUUUGUUCGGAGAUCUAAAACAACUGCCUCCAGUUGGGGAUAAAUGGAUAUUUAGUACCAAUACUGCUAAUCCAUACCACAUCCUCGCAGGGGGUGGCUUGUGGGAUCUGUUUUCCUUUAAUGAGCUAACAGAGAUAAUGCGACAAAGGGAGGACCAAGAUUUCGCGUUUGCACUGAACCGAAUGUCAACUGGAGAAAUGACUGAAGAAGAUGUUUCGCUCAUAAAGUCAAGGGUCAUACCAACAUCGGAGAUACCAAAUGAAGCAAUUCAUUUAUUCCUGUCAAACGAAGAAACCGAUAAUUAUAAUUCCCUUAGAUUGGAACAAAUCACAUCAGAACAAUUUGUUUCCAAGGCAUCCGAUAUUUUGAAGUCAGAUUCAUUAGCUAUCGGUCAACGGAAUCAAAUUUUAAGUUCGGUUCUCAAUUUAAAGACCUCAGAAACGCAAGGACUUUGUAGUGAACUAAAAUUAAAAUUGAGUGCAAAAUAUAUGAUGACGAUCAAUAUUGAUACCAACGAUGGCCUAGUCAAUGGAGCCACUGGCAUACUGAAGUAUAUUGAUUUUGGUAGAAACUCAACAAAACCAAUAACGCUUUGGAUCUUAUUUUCUGAUGAAAGUGUUGGAAGAAUGGCGAGAAAAAACCACAUCCCACAGAAUUAUUGUGGACUCCCAUUGAAAAGUGCCGCCGAACGUUCCAGUACAAACGGAAUGAACAAAUAA